AUGUUUCCAAUGGUCAUUUCGAAACAGACAAUAACAUGGAUUUCAAUGUUCAUAUUGAUUGGUGGUGCUUCAACUUCUAACAUUGUUAAACCACUAAAAAAAGAACAUAUUCUGGGUGAAUUUAGCUAUGGAAAAUUAUAUUAUCGUACAUUUUACAUGGACAACUCGGAUGAUGUACUAUACGUUGGUGCUAUGGAUCAUAUUUUCAAGUUAGAUUUAUUCAACAUCAACGCCAGUCAUCCCAAAACUGACAAACUUGAACUAAUAACAUCACGUAUUCCUUAUUGGAUAUCUGAAAAACCUUAUGAUUUAAAUAGUCACAAUCAUAUAAAAGUAAUUCAAUCAUUUGGGAAAGAUCGUCUGUACAUAUGUGGUUCACAUGCAGAAGAUCCAAGAAAUUGGAUAAUUAAUAAAAACUUGACUCGAAUUUCGAAGAAUGAUGAUGGCUGGCUGUCUGCAUAUUCAAUAUGUAGUAAAUAUCUUGAUCAAAAUGAUGCUUCUGUUAUGGUCACCAAAAAUCAUAUCGAUGAUGAUGAACAACAACUUUAUACAACAAUUGGUGAUAAUCUUCGUGGGGAUAGUUAUCCUUCAUCAAUAUUCAGGACAAAAUUUAACUUAAAUAAUACAUAUCUUGCCGCAACUGAGAUUAGAUCAUCCUCUUCGAAUAUAAAGUUUUUGUUUGGUGAAUCAGUCAAUGUUGUUGGAUCAUUUGAGAUUGAAGAUCAGAUAUUUUUUUUCUUCAGUGAAUAUGGCACCGUAGAUGAUAACCAUAAUGAAAUUUUAGCUAUCGAGAAUCAAAUUGAGACAAUAGAUUCUCCAACGAAACCAAAAAAAAUUUUCUCAAGAGUGGCUAGAAUUUGUAAAGAGGACAAUGGCUUUGGAGAACCACGAGCUUGGUCUACUUUUUCAAAAGCAACUCUCGAAUGCAAAUCAUCACAUUUGAAUUCCAAUAAAAUUGAAAGCAUCUACAAAAUUCCUAACGAUAAUACUCAUUUUUAUGGUACAUUUACUGCAACACAAAACAACAGUGUUACUUCAGCAAUUUGUUUUUUUAGCAUUGAUGACAUAAAAAAAGCGUUUGAUGGUCCAUUUAGAAAAGUUGUGUAUUAUGAUGAUACUUUGAAUUCAUCAGAAACAAUACCUGAACCAAAUCCAAAUCUUUGUAGUCGUAAUUUAACUGAAAAACGAUAUUCUAAAGCACCAUAUUUUCUUAUGGAUUAUGUUAUACCUUCCAAACAAAAUAGAAUUAUUUUUAAUAUUACAAAUGUUAUUCUGACUAAGCUUGUUGUUGAUAAACUCAUGAGUAACGUGACAGGAGUUGAUGCUGAGUAUACAGUCUACUAUGCUGGUUCAAAUAAAGGUCGAGUAUAUAAAUUAGUUCAAUGGACCAAUGAAAAAGGAAAAAUAAGAACUGAAAAACUUGAUGAAUUUGAUGUAACUCCGGAUGAAGAAAUUCGUGCCAUGGAAAUAUCAUCAAAGUAUAGUUCUCUUUACGUUGCCUCGGACAAUUGUAUUAAACAGAUUAGUUCAAUUUUAUGCAACAGACACAAGGAUGAUCCUCGUCGAUGUAAACGUGAUCCAUACUGCAAACUUGAUAUUAAAAAUAAAAAAAAUUGUGAACUCCAAGUGAAUAGUAAUAAAAUUCGACGUAGUAAUCCAUUAAACGAAACAACAGCACCAAAGCCAGCUCUUAGAAAUGCUAAUUCAACACAAAAUAUUAAAACUAAUAAUUCUUUUGAAACCACGACGAUCAAAACUAUGACGGAAAAUUUUAUUGCAAAAUAUAAUAAACUACCAAACAUCACAACUGAAAACCCAUCUACAUCGAAAUUUAUAAAAUCUGAAACUAUUUUGGAUCAAGAUAUUCCAACCACAACGAUUGUGCCACAAAUUUCAACUACAGAUAUUCUACAAAAUUUCACCAUGUUCGAUGAUAAAACAACAAUUUCGGACAGAAUUAUUUCAACCUCAAGAGAUGUAUCACCAGUGUUACAUACAACAGGUAUACUACAAAAUGCAACAACGAUAUCAGGUGCAAAUAUUUCAAUCACAACAGAUAUACCAACAGUGAUGAGUACAACAGAUAUGAUACAAAAUUUAACUACAGCAUCAUCAGAUGACAACAUUUCAACAACAAAUUCAUCACUAGUGUUGAAUACAACAGAUUUUCUACAGAUUCCAACAACAGAUAUACCACCGAUGCUGAGUAUACCAGAUAUGUUACAAAAUUUAACAACAGCAUCAUCAGACGACAACAUUUCAACAACAAAUAUAUCACUAGUGUUGAAUACAACAGAUUUGCUACAGAUUCCAACAACAGAUAAAAGUAUUUCAACAACAGAUAUACCACCGAUGCUGAGUAUACCAGAUAUGCUACAAAAUUUAAUAACAACAUCAUCAGAUAACAGUAUUUCAAUGACAACAGAUAUGCCACCAGUGUUAAAUACAACGGAUAUACCACCAAUAUUGAGUACAACAGAUUUACUGCAAAAUUCGACAUCAACAAAUUUAUCGUUGCAAGACGAUUAUACAAUGGCACAUAGUAAAAUGACAAUCUUGGAUACAAAUUUUUCAACCACAACGAAUAUGCCUCAGAUUUUAACUGCGACAAAGAUGUCACAAAUCUCAACAACAGAUUUAUCUUUGCCAGAUAAUUAUACCACGACAAUUGUGGAUAAAAAUAUUUCGAUGACAACAGAUGUGCCAAAAACAAGUACACCAGAUAUUUUACACAAUGCAACUAAUGCUGUUGAAAUGAAUUUUGAAAGAGAUAUCAGAACGAUUGUCUAUAUGACAUUAACAGGAUUUAUCGUUAUGAAAUAA